AUGUUGUUACUCGAGUUCUUGGCGAAGAGCAUCAAAGAAGAGUUCUCUUUUAGUCUGUUUCUCAGCGCCAGGACGACAAUGCUAAGUGGAGAGAGGAUGCUUGGAGCUGAAGCAACAAUUAUCAACAGAACCUUAGGCUUCAAGCAACAGCGGAGGUUUAACAAUUCUCGGGGAAACAACACGGCCUCAGUGACGACGAAGGUAGCACGAGUUGCUUACCACAAUGACGACUUAGGAGAAACCAUGGCGACCUGGAGCAGUGACGUCGGCAGGGAUACAGAUCGGGCCAGAGGUGAUACGGUGGUGCUCUCGUUUACUUGCGCAACAAGCAAGGUGCUUGCUCGGCGUGGAUCUCUCAGACGAGCUCAACAGCGAUCACACUCAAGAACCAGUGGUGAUAAAGGUCGUCUUUGGAGCAACGUGGAUCGAUGGCGCGACAGAGGUGGCGUCGGUGAACGGAGACGGCGACUCCAUUUCUUCGGGUACGUCUCUUUCUUUCCCUCUAACACCUCUCUCUCCUUUUUCUUACACGAGAAACUCUUCUCUCUUCUCCUUCACUUUUCCUUCUCUCUUUCUCACAAAGCUCUCAAGAUUCCUCCUUCUUUCUUUUGCGAAUAA